UUUUCUUCCGAGGACCGGACACUUCAACAUACUCUACAACCAGGAUAAACAUGACAGUUUCUUACUCCCUCGAAGUGGCCAAUGCAAGGUUUGGUGGCUUCUCCAAGCUCCUGUUCAGGUGGAAAGGAAGCAUCUACAGGCUGCUUUAUAAGGAGCUUAUAGUCUUCUGUGGGAUUUAUCUGUUUUUCAGUGUGUUCUACAGGUUCCUCCUGUCACCUACACAGCAGGAUUUGUUUGAGCGAAUCGCCCUUUACUGUGAUCAGUUCACCAACAGCAACUUUAUUCCAGUUACAUUUGUGCUGGGUUUCUAUGUGAGCUUGGCCUUUAACCGUUGGUGGGGUCAGUACACCAGCUUCCCGCUGCCUGACAACCUGAUGAUGGUGGUGUCUGGAAACGUCCACGGAGCAGACGAGAGGGGUCGUCUGCUGCGACGAACCCUCAUGAGAUAUGCCAACUUAUCUUCGGUUCUUAUCCUCCGCUCCAUCAGCACCAGAGUCCUCAAGCGUUUUCCCACUUUGGAGCACAUAGUGGAGGCCGGAUUUAUGACGACACACGAGCUGAAAACGUUUGAGUCGCUACACUCGGAUUUCAACAAGUACUGGAUGCCUCUGACGUGGUUCUCCAACCUGGCGUCCAGAGCGAGAGAGGAGGAACGAGUGAGGGACGAUAUUGCUCUGAGACUUCUGAUGGACGAGCUUAAUAAUUACCGGGCCAAGUGCAGCCUCCUGUUCCACUAUGACUGGAUUAGCAUUCCUCUGGUCUACACUCAGGUAGUCACUCUUGCAGUUUACUCGUUUUUUGGCUUCUGUGUGAUUGGUCGACAGUUCCUGAACCCUGACAAGGGCUAUAAGGGUCACAACCUGGACAUGUAUGUGCCUGUUUUCACUCUCCUGCAGUUCUUCUUCUACGCUGGCUGGCUCAAGGUGGGAGAACUGAUCAUCAACCCGUUUGGCGAGGACGAUGAUGACUUUGAAACAAACCAGCUGAUCGACCGAAACAUUCAGGUGUCAAUGCUGGCUGUGGACGACAUGUACCAGAACCUGGCUCCAAUUGUGAAAGACAAGCACUGGAAACAGAGAUAUUUCUCCAUCCCUUACACUUUGUCAACAGCAGCAGAGACUCUUAAACCAGCAUUUAAAGGCUCCACCUUUGACAUGAGGAUGAGUGCUGAAGAUCUUGAGAUCCACCAGCCUGCAGACAGGCCUGUGAAGAAACAGUAUUUAUCUGUUAAUGGAUCAGAGGGUGAAGGUCUCGAUGACCUUCUGCAGAGGGGUAAAGGUAUGAGCCUCCCUUCACUGCUGGAGAUCUCAUCUUACCCAAAUGAGAAAGAACACGGCAAUAUUUCUCCUGAGGAAAACACCAGUGCCACCAACAACCAAGAACAAGAAAUGACACUGAUUCAAGUUCCAGUAGAAAAUAUCAAGGGAAAAUCACCAGAUUAAAAGUUGUCCCUACUUGUUGCCUAUACUGAAAAUGCUUUCUUUCUUUCUUUUGCCAUUCAGAAAAUUACCAUUAUUGUUCUUUUCAUUUUUAGUUGCUAGGAAAUU